CCACCUCUUUUUGUAUUAUUUAUGUAUUUAAUAUUUCAUAAUAUUAUGUUUCUCUCUCUCUCUCAUAUCUUUGUGGUACCCCCCCCCCCCCCCCCCCCCCCCGCGAAGUCGUCUUUCUUUAUCAUCAGAUCUCUUGGUUACUUGCAAAGAGAAUCAUGGAGCUCAACUUCCUCUCUAAAGCUCUGAGUUCUUUCAUCCUUGUACUCACAAUACUUGCAUCCUUCUCAUCUUCAAGUUUCAUCUCAGAUGGUGUGUUCGAACCGCAGAAUUUGGCUAUUGGAAGAAACCUGCUUCAGACCAGGAAAGCAUGUCCUGUGAACUUUGAGUUUAUGAACUACACAAUUAUAACAAGCCUAUGCAAAGGUCCCAAAUUCCCAGCCAAGGAAUGCUGUGGCGCCUUCAAAGACUUCGCGUGUCCCUACGCUGACGAUCUCAAUGAUUUAAGCAAUGACUGUGCAACCACUAUGUUCAGCUACAUCAAUCUAUAUGGAAAAUACCCGCCUGGACUGUUUGCAAACCAGUGCCAAGAAGGUAAAGAAGGUCUCGAAUGCCCCGCUACGUCUCCCACCUCGGCAAGUGAUGUAAACGCAGCCACCACCACCGCUGCUUCUUCUCGUCUUUGGCUGGCAGCUUCUGCAGCUUUUUUGGUGUUUGUCAAGUUGCUCUGAGGCUGAGAAAGCCUGAUGUCCGUCAUGUAACAACUUGACGAAGCUGAAUGCGUCUGUAUAUCCACGAUUUGCUUUACUUGUGCUCUCUCAUUCUUUCGAUUUUUGGAGCGUCCAAAAAUUCUAAAUGAUAAUACGUAUGACUUUUGUGUAUCAUUGUCUCUUUCUCUAUAAAUCAACCAAUGAAGUAAAUAAUGAUUCGAAAGAUAA